AUGACUGAAUAUCUGAAUAGUGGGAAUGCAAAUGAAGCUGUCAGUGGUGUCCGAGAAAUGAGGGCUCCUAAACACUUUCUUCCUGAGAUGUUAAGCAAAGUAAUUAUCCUGUCACUAGAUAGAAGUGAUGAAGAUAAAGAAAAAGCAAGUUCUUUGAUCAGUUUGCUCAGACAGGAGGGGAUAGCCACGAGUGACAACUUUAUGCAGGCUUUCCUGAAUGUAUUGGACCAGUGCCCCAAACUGGAGGUUGACAUCCCCUUGGUGAAAUCCUAUUUAGCACAGUUUGCAGCUCGUGCCAUCAUUUCAGAGCUGGUGAGCAUUUCAGAACUAGCUCAACCACUGGAAAGUGGCACCCAUUUUCCUCUCUUCUUACUUUGUCUUCAGCAAUUAGCUAAAUUACAAGAUCGAGAAAGGUUAACAGAACUUUUUCAACAAAGCAAGGUCAAUAUGCAGAAAAUGCUCCCAGAAAUUGAUCAGAAUAAGGACCGCAUGUUGGAGAUAUUGGAAGGAAAGGGACUGAGUUUCUUACUCCCACUCCUCAAAUUGGAGAAGGAACUGUUGAAGCACAUAAAGUUGGAUCCAUCCCCUCAAACCAUAUAUAAAUGGAUUAAAGAUAACAUCUCCCCCAAACUUCAUGUAGAUAAAGGAUUUGUGAACAUCUUAAUGACUAGUUUCUUACAGUAUAUUUCUAGUGAAGUAAACCCACCCAGUGAUGAGAUAGAUUCUUCCUCUGCUCCUUCCAAAGAACAGUUAGAGCAGGAAAAACAACUGCUGCUUUCUUUCAAGCCAGUAAUGCAGAAAUUCCUUCAUGAUCAUGUUGAUCUGCAAGUCAGUGCCCUGUAUGCUCUGCAGGUGCACUGCUACCACAGCAACUUCCCCAAAGGCAUGUUACUCCGCUUUUUUGUUCACUUUUAUGACAUGGAAAUUAUUGAAGAAGAAGCUUUCUUGGCUUGGAAAGAAGAUAUAACCCAAGAGUUUCCUGGGAAAGGCAAGGCUUUGUUCCAGGUGAAUCAGUGGCUAACCUGGCUAGAAACUGCUGAAGAGGAGGAGUCCGAGGAAGAAGCUGACUAAAGAACCAGCCAAAGCCUUAAAUUGUGCAAAACAUACUGUUGCUAUGACGUAACUGCAUCUGACCUAACCACUGCGAAAAUUCAUUCCGCUGUAAUGUUUUCACAAUAUUUAAAGCAGAAGCACGUCAGUUAGGAUUUCCUUCUGCAUAAGGAUUUUUGUAGUGUAAUGUCUUAAUCAUAGUCUACCAUCAAAUAUUUUAGGAGUAUCUUUAAUGUUUAGAUAGUAUAUUAGCCGCAUGCAAUAAUUACAUCCUAAGUUCUCAAGCAGAGGCAGUCUAUUGCAAGGACCUUCUUUGCUGCCAGUUAUCAUAGGCUGUUUUAAGUUAGAAAACUGAAUAGCAACACUGAAUACUGUAGAAAUGCACUUUGCUCAGUAAUACUUGAGUUGUUGCAAUAUUUGAUUAUCCAUUUGGUUGUUACAGAAAAAUUCUUAACUGUAAUUGAUGGUUGUUGCCGUAAUAGUAUAUUGCCUGUAUUUCUACCUCUAGUAAUGGGCUUUAUGUGCUAGAUUUUAAUAUCCUUGAGCCUGGGCAAGUGCACAAGUCUUUUUAAAAGAAACAUGGUUUACUUGCACAAAACUGAUCAGUUUUGAGAGAUCGUUAAUACCCUUGAAGUGGUUUUGUGGGUGUGAAACAAAUGGUGAGAAUUUGAAUUGGUCCCUCUUAUUAUAGUAUUGAAAUUAAGUCUACUUAAUUUAUCAAGUCAUGUUCAUGCCCUGAUUUUAUAUACUUGUAUCUAUCAAUAAACAUUGUGAUACUUGAAAAAAAAA